GGAAAUGCAAUAUUCUUUAUCUCCAGAAAAAUAUAGCGUGAUCACAAUUACUCUCUUCAAACACUUUGUCUUUUUGAGUGGCUUAUUUAUGUCAGGAAAGGGAACAUCUCGGACGGGUAUGGAGGCCAUGAAGUGAUUGAGAAAAUAGGGACCUUUUGCUGGUAAUCUUUCUCCUCCUGCCUAGUGGCUCGCGAUCCAUUCCAGGUUUUGCGGCCGAUUCUGCCUCUGAAUUUCGGCUGUGCACUGGGUAGCACGUUUCCCUCUCUCCCUCCCCUCCUUUCUCCUUCCCUCUUGCCUCCUGUGUCAGUCUCCAGGAUUUUCUCUCUUCCUAUUUCAAGAAGACUCUCACUGGCUCCCUCAGUCUGUGUGAAGCUGAGGUUUCCCCUGGAUCUCGUACAUCUCCAUCACAUACCUCCACGCACACACCUCCCCGAGAGCCCCGCGUUCACACCCACAAACACGCGCGCACACACUCGCGCCGGCCUGUCCAUCUCCCUGGGGGGGGAGAGCCGGCGCGCGGUCCCACCUUCGUCUCGCACUCCGGCUAGGCGAGCUCGCAGCGCUCCAGGACUCUGCGGCUCGGAACUCGGACCGCAGGGCUGAACACCCCCACUGUGGUAUUUUUUUUUUUUUUUAAAGACAUUUCUUUGCCUUUUCCCCUUUUCUGCUCUUUCUCGAACGGUUUUCUACCGGAGUGGCUAGCGGAGCCGAGCCGGCAGCCUUCCCAAGGCAGCCGUGGUUGGCUUGCCAUCCUCCAUCUGGCUUAUAAAAGUUUGCUGAGUGCAGUCCAGAGGUCUGCGCGGCUCGUCCCCUCGGCUGGAGGAAGGGGGUGACGCUGGGCAGCGGCUAAGGAGCGCGCCGCAGGCUCUGGCGGGCUUUCGGCUCGAGGGGCAAGGUGAAGAGCGCACGGGGAGCUGGGGGCCGCCGAGGUGGACUUGCAUGUUGCACCAUGCCUUCUUGGAUCCGGGCUGUGAUUCUUCCUCUCUCCGGGCUGCUGCUGACCCUCCCGGCCGCCGCGGACGUGAAGGCUCGGAGCUGCAGCGAGGUCCGGCAGGCUUACGGUGCCAAGGGAUUCAGCCUGGCGGACAUCCCCUACCAGGAGAUCGCAGGGGAGCACUUACGCAUCUGCCCUCAGGAAUAUACGUGCUGCACCGCAGAGAUGGAAGACAAGCUAAGCCAACAGAGUAAACUGGAGUUUGAAAACCUCGUAGAAGAGACAAGCCAUUUUGUGCGGACCACGUUUGUGUCAAGGCACAAGAAAUUUGAUGAGUUUUUCCGAGAGUUGCUGGAAAAUGCAGAGAAGUCCCUAAAUGACAUGUUUGUCCGGACCUACGGGAUGCUGUAUAUGCAGAAUUCAGAGGUGUUCCAGGACCUUUUCACUGAGCUAAAGCGGUACUACACAGGGGGUAAUGUCAACCUGGAGGAGAUGCUCAACGACUUCUGGGCCCGGCUCCUGGAGCGCAUGUUCCAGCUGAUAAACCCCCAGUAUCACUUCAGCGAGGACUACCUGGAAUGUGUAAGCAAGUACACAGACCAGCUGAAGCCAUUUGGAGAUGUGCCACGGAAACUGAAGAUUCAGGUCACCCGCGCCUUCAUUGCGGCUCGCACGUUCGUCCAGGGCCUGACAGUGGGCAGGGAAGUUGCCAACCGAGUUUCCAAGGUGAGCCCCACCCCUGGGUGCAUCCGGGCUCUCAUGAAGAUGCUAUACUGCCCAUACUGCCGAGGCUUGCCCACUGUGAGACCUUGCAACAACUACUGCCUCAACGUCAUGAAGGGCUGCCUGGCCAACCAGGCGGAUUUGGACACUGAGUGGAAUCUCUUCAUAGAUGCGAUGCUCUUGGUGGCUGAGCGACUGGAAGGGCCGUUCAACAUUGAGUCAGUCAUGGACCCAAUAGAUGUCAAGAUCUCUGAAGCCAUUAUGAAUAUGCAGGAAAACAGCAUGCAGGUGUCGGCUAAGGUCUUUCAGGGCUGUGGCCAGCCCAAGCCUGCACCUGCUCUCAGAUCUGCUCGCUCAGCUCCAGAAAAUUUUAACACCCGUUUUCGGCCCUAUAACCCUGAGGAAAGACCCACAACUGCGGCAGGCACGAGCUUGGACCGGCUGGUCACAGACAUAAAAGAGAAACUGAAGCUCUCUAAGAAGGUCUGGUCAGCAUUGCCCUACACCAUCUGCAAGGAUGAGCGUGUGACAGCAGGAACCUCCAAUGAUGAGGAGUGCUGGAAUGGACACAGCAAAGCCAGAUACUUGCCUGAGAUCAUGAACGAUGGGCUGACCAACCAAAUCAACAAUCCUGAGGUGGAGGUGGACAUCACACGGCCAGACACUUUCAUCAGACAGCAGAUCAUGGCUCUCCGAGUGAUGACCAACAAACUGAAGAAUGCAUACAAUGGAAAUGACGUCAACUUCCAAGACACAAGCGAUGAAUCCAGUGGCUCAGGCAGUGGCAGUGGUUGCAUGGAUGAUGUGUGUCCCACGGAGUUCGAGUUUGUCACCACGGAGGCCCCCGCGGUGGACCCCGACCGCAGAGAAGAGGAGUCUUCAGCCUGGAAGACCAGCUCCUCCCUCAUCUCCUGGUCUCUGGUCUGCGUGGCCUUGGCCCUGCAAAGACUCUACAGAUAAUCGUGGGCUUUGGUCAAACGAAACUGCGUUUUAGCUCUUCUGUGGCCAACACCCUUCUUUUCUUACACUCUUGGACAAUGGACCACGCCGCAAAACUCGCCGUUUUCUAUGACAAGAGAGCAGUCUUGCGAUCUGCCUCCCUUUUUGUUUUCCCAAAGAGUACGGGGUGCCGGACGAUCUGCUUCUCUUUCCUUCAGCUAUCUGUGGGGACCUCGUUUAUUCCAGAGAGAAUUCUUACUCAAAUCUUUCGUACCAAGAGAUUUUUUCUUACCGUCAUUUGCUUUUAUGCUGCAAAAUUAAAAGAAUUUCAUGUUGUGAGGGUUUUUUGUUUUUUGAUUUUUUUUUAUAAUCCAUUUAAAAUAGGAAGAAAAUAAUUUUCCAUUUCAAAUCAGGCCAAACCCCAAGACAACUGCAUUUUCAACAAGGAAGCAAACAAAGGAGAGGAAAUAAAGGAACUUUCAUGCUAUCAGGUUUGGCACUGACAGCCAACUCCUGGAGUGAGCUUUUCUGUGACAAGUGAGGUUUACAACAUGCUUAUGAGGAGAAAGUGUAACAUUUUCAUGUAGUGGAAAUAUACCGUUGUCUUGGACUCUAACCAAACUGAUUGGGAGGUACUGAUAGUAAAUUUAGGACUCUGUCUUUAUAUGAGCGGUAAUCUUACUGCAACUCAACACCUCUCUUCCCCCUGCCUGAUCCCACCGCUCACUGACGGCAGCAUUUUCUGUCUCCUAGCGUCUGUCCGUUGUAUCCAAUUGACACUGAUUGUCUUCAGUCUUUCAUAGAUGCCCCCCAUCUAGUCUCCUCUCUCCUAGGUCUUGGCUAAAAAAAAUCAUCUUCAGUGGUAUAUAGCCUCUUCUUUCUCCAGACUGACAUGAACCAAAUGUCUCAGCUCCUGUGUUCCGGACUCUCCCCGAGAUAAGGGUUCUCCUACAGACAUGACAAUUAGCUCCACACAUGAGGUUUUGUUACUGACUCUUUGUGUCAAUUGGUUUCAGCAUCACAAGGGCAUUCUCUUAACAAAACAACUCACAACAACAACAAAAAAAAAGUCAAGACAAAAAAAAAAGAGAGAAAAACACAUUAUAUAUAGUAUUGACAUGGAGAUUCUUUUCACUUUUUUAGUCUUAGUAUGAUCAUCUAUUUUUAUAUCUAUAUAUAUAUAUAUAAAUCACAGAUUUUAACUUCUUAAUUCCAAGCUCAGGGUUGACACUCCUUUGUAACAGAACUGUUUUGUCAACCACCCCCUCUUGUUCUGUGCUGCUCAGAGGACAGGCUCCUUAGCGAUCUUUGAGCGCCAAGAAUCAAGAACGAGAACUUUUUAUGUAUCUAACUGUCCAUCAAUGACAAGUUUGCCAGGGCACACCUUCUCACACACGCUUGCUUUGCCCCUGGUGCUCCAAACUGUCCUGAGCUCAUGGGACAAGCCUGGUGUGCAAGACGUGACUGGUGACGGAAUGUGUGUGUGUCAAGAAUGUUAUUCAUGAAAAAAAACAAAAAAAAACAAAACCAUUGCUCUCCUGUACAGCACCUCUGGCCUAGGACUUCUACCGGGUACUGUACUGAAUGGCCUAAACUCAAGAGGCCAUUAUAGAGCCACUGCCUAACCUGUCCACCAAGCCAGGCCCAAUGCUUCCCCUGACAGAGAGAAGCUAAAUACACCAAACUGGGGUUGUACGAAGACAGUUGGCUAACCAUGUUCUUCUUCUUUUUCUUUUGCUUUUGUGAUGCAUCUGGGAUAGGAAAAAGAAAUAUCUGAAGACACCACAGCAUGCCAAUCACAUUUUUAACCGACUCAUCAACAGUAUUGAGACGACAAAUGAUAUUUUUCUAUCUCUGUUCUCACCAAAAGGAAAAUUAGUUAUCGAUUUAGUCAUCCCAUCUAAGUAGAACACACGCACUUGUAUUAAGUAUAUUUGAGCACUUUUGAAGACAGAACGUAUUUACAAGCAUCUGUUACCACUUUAUGCCUAACAAAAUAAACAAUGUAGGAUUCCGAGAGACUCUGUGGCAUCUUUCAUUUACAUUUAUGUGACAUUAACACUUAAUCCAAUUCAGAAUUGCAUCAUUUCUGAAAACCAUCCAGCUCAGUGCCCCACUUUGGCUUCUAAUCCCCAGUUACACAUAACACAUCUCUAUGAAGGACCAGCCAUUUAUGUUAGGCGGCUCAUUAUAUGUUCAGAAAUCAGUAUUGUGGGGUUUUUUUUCCCAAUAAUCAUGGUGCAAUACAAAUUAAACCAAUGUUGAUUCUCCAGGUUAUUUGACUAAUGACUUCUUUUUAUGGCUUUAGGCUUCAACUUCCUUUUUAAAAUAUUUCUGCAUUAUCUUCUAUAAAACAAAUCAAGAUGUCUUAUUCCUUACUAUGCUUGUGCCCCCAGAUGGUUUACAUGACAACACAUCACAUUAAUGAAUGUAAACCCAUGUUCUGUGCACACUCAUCACACAAAUAAUAUAGACAUGCCUGUUUCCUUUGAUUCAACAACUGUAUUCUCAAGGACAUGACUACUGAUGAGAUACAGUGAUGCCCAUGAGCCAGGCAGAGCUGAAAUGAGGGUCAGCUGAUGAAGCCACAUCAUCGGUCAUCUUACACUGACAUGGACAAAAUGUUUUCACUUGCCUUUCCUGGUCUUUUUUUAAGACUGAUUUAAUGUCAAUGGUUUUUUCCUGUCCCCUAAGCCUGUUCAUUCAGUUACAUCUUUUCAUUACUUUGGGAUCCUCCACCCAGAUUGAGUUUCUCAUUCGAGCAUAGUGACAGGAAAUAUCUCAACGUUCCCUUGUCAUCUACAACCUGCCCUCGUUUGUGACGAUGUUGUCCCCUAAAAUCUGUAAUCACAUCACGACUUGUGUUAUGAGUAGAGAGGAACGGGACCCCCCCUCCCAAAAUUGGACACUAGAAACUGGUGGGUGACGCUCAUAUCUGCAAACACUUAGCUUAUCGAAGUGCCUCUAUUUACAUGUUCCUUAGUUUUAAUAUGUAUUUUUCUAACAGAAAUACCCGUCUGUAAUUGAUGUUUAUUAUACUUUGUAUAUGUUACAACAAAGGCUAAAUGGAGGCUACUGUCUUCAGCAGAGGAGAAUGAACUGUAAAUUUAUGAACACGAUCAAUCACUGUAGUUCUGGAUUGGCAGCCACAAGUCCUUUCUGUCCCUGCAGCGAAGGCCAAGCUGGCCCUUUGAUUACAGCCAUCACUGACUGUAGCACUAGAAUUCUGACUCCCUUGCCGUGAUUUACCCAAGGAGGAAGGUGACAUGAACCACCUGCUUCAAACCUAAGGGAGAGAGACUACUUCGUCUACACUGAAAAACUCUAUCCAUUGAUGAGCAGCAGUAGUUUCAAAUGGAGCAUUCUUUAAAUCAAACACAUUGAAAAUAUUAUUGGGUUCAGAACCAUGAAACUUAAUUUACAUUCCCUGCUAUAGACAUUAGCCUUCUUUAAUUCUUCUUGCCAUUACAUACAUAUUUUGGCUACAGACUAAGCACCAGCCUAAGUCCUCGAGGAGGAACAGAACUUAGGAAGCUCCUGGCUUGGCUCACCUCUCUGCAAGGCUGAGUACUAGAUAGUUUGACUUUUAGGUUCCAAAUGUUGGCAAAUGCAGCAUUUGUCUUCUCCAAAAGCUUGCAGAUACUCAACCUCAUUUUCUUUGACUUAUAGUCACUAGCAGAUAUUUAAAUUAAAAAAAUACAUAGCCUUGCUGCCAGAGAGCAAAGGAGUCCCUAACUUAUAAGUCUGCAGUGUGUUCCUCCUUGGUAGAGAUAUUAGCCAGUGCUUAGUUUUAGGCCAACAUAUACAAAUAGAGUAUUGAUUUGUACGCAUUCUGGAGACUUGCUAUGUCAUAGUUUGCUAUAGCCCAGACUCAGCUUAGCAUGGGAAUGCUUGGAACUUCACUGGAAGUGGAGUGGAUGCUGCAAUCUUUGGCAUUGCCUUGUAAUGAGGGACUUCAUGAGCAACACCUUAACGAGGGUACCACAGUGCGGUCUCUGUGUGCAUAGACAGAACACAUAUGCAGGAUAAAUGUGUGCACCAAUCAAACCUGAAACUUCAUGUGACUGUCAAAUGACUAUUAUUUGGGUUAAGAUUUUUUUCAUUUCUGAUUUGGAUAGAAAAUUGCUAUUAAUCUUGUAUUAAAAUAGUUUUUAAAAAUCUA